AUGGCUGUUUAUCAGACCUACGUCAAUGCCAUGAACGAGAGGAUCCGCAAUCAAUUUGCCACCUCAAACCCUUUUGAUUUCAAACACAUAUCGGCGCUGAGUAGUAUUGAGAAUUUUAAUGAUGUAGGCCCAUCGGUUGUGAUGGCAAGCCCAGGUGGGCUUCAGAGUGGGUUGUCUCGACAGUUAUUUGAUAAGUGGUGCUCUGACAAGAAAAAUGCUUGCGUUAUUCCUGGGUAUGCUGUGGAAGGUACAUUGGCAAAAACGAUCACUACCGAACCAAAGGAAGUUACCCUUAUGAAUGGCCUCACUGUUCCUCUUAACAUGCAGGUACAUUACGUUUCCUUCUCGGCUCAUGCGGAUUAUGCCCAGACGAGUGCAUUCUUGGAAGAGCUUAUGCCUUCUAACAUAAUUCUUGUUCAUGGAGAAGCCAAUGAGAUGGGGAGGCUCAAGCAGAAGCUUAUUUCUCUGUUUGCUGACGGCAACACCAAAAUUAUUUCUCCUAAGAACUGCCAGUCUGUUGAAAUGUAUUUCAACUCCGAGAAAAUGGCAAAAACUAUUGGAAGGUUGGCUGAAAAGACCCCUGAAGUUGGUGAAACUGUUGGUGGUUUGCUAGUAAAGAAAGGGUUCACUUAUCAGAUCAUGGCACCUGAUGAUCUUCAUGUGUUCUCACAACUAUCAACUGCAAAUGUCACACAAAGGAUUACCAUCCCAUACUCAGGUGCCUUUGCAGUGAUAAAACACAGACUCAAGCAGAUAUACGAAAGUGUGGAGUGUUCGACAGAUGAGGAAUCUGGGGUUCCAACCUUGCGAGUGCAUGAUUGUGCAACAGUGAAGCAGGAAUCAGAAAAGCAUAUUUUAAUGCAUUGGACGGCAGAUCCUAUUAGUGAUAUGGUGUCGGACUCUAUUGUGGCUUUGGCUUUAAAUGCCAGCAGGGAGAUGCCUAAGGUGGUGGUGGUGGAGUCGGAGCCUGAAACAAAUGAAGCAGAAAAUGAGAAGAAAGCAGAGAAAAUCAUCCUCUCACUCCUCGUUUCUCUCUUUGGAGAUGUUAAGCUUGGAGAGAAUGGGAAGCUGGUGAUAAGUGUUGAUGGAACUGUGGCUCAUCUCGAUAAACAGAGUGGUGAUGUUGAAAGCGAAAACGAAGGUCUAAAAGAACGAACUGGCACNGAGUGUUCGACAGAUGAGGAAUCUGGGGUUCCAACCUUGCGAGUGCAUGAUUGUGCAACAGUGAAGCAGGAAUCAGAAAAGCAUAUUUUAAUGCAUUGGACGGCAGAUCCUAUUAGUGAUAUGGUGUCGGACUCUAUUGUGGCUUUGGCUUUAAAUGCCAGCAGGGAGAUGCCUAAGGUGGUGGUGGUGGAGUCGGAGCCUGAAACAAAUGAAGCAGAAAAUGAGAAGAAAGCAGAGAAAAUCAUCCUCUCACUCCUCGUUUCUCUCUUUGGAGAUGUUAAGGUUGGAGAGAAUGGGAAGCUGGUGAUAAGUGUUGAUGGAACUGUGGCUCAUCUCGAUAAACAGACUGGUGAUGUUGAAAGCGAAAACGAAGGUCUAAAAGAACGAGUGAAAAUGGCGUUUCGUCGGAUUCAGAGUGCUAUGAAGCCAAUUCCACACUCUGCAUCUUAG